AAAUCAUAUAGGUAUUAGAGUAAUAUUGUUUGAAAGAUUUGACUAUUCAGAGGAAUGGUUUAAGUAGUUAAAUUAGUGAAGGGGAUGAUAAUUUGAGUCAGGAGAGAAGUAAUGGAUUUGUAUUGCCAGAGCUGUAUUGAAAAAGAGCAAAGUAGUUUUAAUUGAUGAAGCCACUGCUAAUAAAGAUGUCGAAACAGAAAUACUCAAGAUAAUCUAAAUAUUAUUAAAAGAGAGAGGAUAUUACCAUUGCUUAUAGGAUUAAAACAAUUUUACAUUGUGAUAAGUAAUUAAUUAUUGAUUGAAAAUAUUAGAAUAUUAGUAGUCGAUUAAGGGAAAACGAAAGAGUUUGGAUAGACAAAAGAUUUAUUAUGAGAGAAAGAUUCUAUAUUUUAUGGAAUAUAUUAAGAAGCAUUAGAAUAAAAUAAAAAAGAAUCACAAUAAUAAAUAAAGGGGGAGUAUAAUUUCAAUUAUAAUUCUAUACAUCCAUAGAAGGUUCUUGGAAUGUUUUAAUUUAAAUGAAAUGACCUUCAGUUUUUC